AUGGAGCCCAAUGACCAUGCCUGGCUGGGCCUGUGUGCCCCCAGCUCUGUUCCUCAGCCUUCUCCUGGAAGGCUGACUCUUGCAUACUAUAAUUUCAGGCUUCUGAGUCUUCAGGAUGCUGGGCAAGUUUGGCCAAUGGAAGACACUGGCAGAAAAAAGAAAAUUCUAGCGAAAGUAAAAAAUAGGGAUGAUAUCACCACCCCCAAACCCCUCAAUGAGGGGGGAAAGUUCCUACAUUCACAAGAACCUUCCCUCCCGCAUGCCCUCUUCAUAGGGCCUGACACCUUCUUUUGGGGGUAUUCUGGUUCCCAGAAGGUGAAUCAGUUAGGACUUACACUUACUGCCCUGGCCCUCGCGUUUCCGCUGAGAUGCGCAGAGACGUGUGCAGCCGGUCAGAAAGAUGAUUAUCUAGCCGGCACACCCAGAGAAGGCACUGCAAGGUCCUCAAAGGCAAGUCCAAUUCCGUCAGCUCGGAAGGUGCAGCCCUCUCGGCGCGGGAGAGCAGCUCUGGCGCGCGCCCGGCAGUCGGGGCCCCAGCGAGGCUUAGCCGCUGACCUCCGCCACCGAGCCUGCUCAGGCCCCCCACAGAGCAACCGGGGAGCAAAGGUGGAGAGCUGGACCCGCACAGAACCACGCCAAAGAGCGCACGAUUGCGCGGAGGACAAACCGUGGGCACCCUGGUCCAGGGCUGGAGCGCAGGGAGCUGGUGCAAGUCUAAGUGGGCGGUCGCUGCGCUCCCACAGGAAGAGGGGACAGCAGACCAUAUCAAGUAAGGAAAACAAACGUCUGAAACUGGAAACCAACUUCUUUCUUAACUGUUCCCUGUUGUGGUUUUGUACACAUGACUUUCCCUCUAUGCAUCAGACUCUUCAUUUCUGAAAUAAGGUUAAUCAUACUCGUUCACUUGGAAUUUCUCUGAAAUACUUUUAAAAGGGGUUAAACUACAAGAGAAAAAAAAAAAACUCUCUCCAACAUAUUGGUUAAGGCCUCCCCUCGAGAAGAUCGGGUUUUCAAUCCCAUGAGGGUUUGCCCGCACCCGGAUAGUGCUGCAUUUGUAAGGCAUCUUUACACAACCUAUUCUGAAACUGAUCUUUGGCUAAGUAGAAUUAUGGCCCAUAGAAGCAUAGAAAUUCCUUAUAAAACAAAGCAGCUUGGGCUUUUCAAUUACCAAGAGACAAAAGUAAACAGAACAAGAAGUAUCCAAGAUGCUCUACACAGUUCCACUUAAAAUAUUUUUGUGGAUAUUUUUUACCUUGGGCAAAUAUCCCCUGCCCACACAUGUGUUUUAUGCAACAGGUUCUUAUAUUGCGCCAGUGAAGAAUGAACCAUGUACCAAGGGGCUGUAACUGUAGAAAGUAAGAGUGGCCUGAAACAACCACCACAAAAACAAAUAAACAGGAAAACAGAUGAGUGCUGUCCUUCAGAGUGAUUGCUUUGGAAGAUUCAACUGAUUUCGCUGACGUUGCAAAAUCAUUUACCUCUAUCGUCUCACUCCCUUAUCGACAUAUAUGUGUCUUAGAAAAUCCACAGUUCCACAGACAUCUACUCAGCAACCCUAAUAAGAUUAAAUGGCCUCUUUGACUAAUGUCUUCCAAUAAAGAACAGAACUGGAUGAAAAAUCAAUUGGUUGAAA